AUGUCUGAGCAGCCUUACGAUCCUUAUAUCCCUUCUGGCUCUAACGGGCCCUCGGCCAGCGCCGGCAACGCAGCGCAGAAUGGCGACCCUCGGACAAGGGAAAUCGACAGAAAAAUCCAAGAGACCGUCGAUACAAUGCGCUCGAAUAUUUUCAAGGUAUCGGAGCGUGGCGAACGCCUGGACUCUUUGCAGGACAAGACAGACAACCUGGCCGUAUCUGCCCAGGGCUUCCGUCGUGGCGCUAACCGCGUGAGGAAGCAAAUGUGGUGGAAGGAUAUGAAGAUGCGCGUGUGCCUGGUCAUCUGCAUCAUCUGCUUGCUCAUUGUCAUCAUUGUUCCUGCCGUUGUCACGACCACCAGACAUUAA